AUGGGGCUGUUCACCUCGUGGUCCUGGGAGGGUGGGUUUGCUGAUGGGUUCCUGGCGUGGGCGCCUCAGCCGGACAAAUACUUUCUCAUGGACUGCCAACGGAACCAGGUGUCAAACCGUAUUCGCUGCAUCCGCGAUUAUCUAAUCGUCGCGGGGGUGCUCAACCGCACGCUCGUUGAUCUGGCUCCAUGCACACCCAGUCCCCUGACCCCUUCCCCCCCCCUCCCUACCUCUCCCUCCUAUCAGGUGUCCAACCGCAUUCGCUGCAUCCGCAAUUAUCUAAUCGUCGCAGGGGUGCUCAACCGCACGCUGGUGGCGCCGUUUCGCCCGUCGGAGGUGAACGGCAGCUACGACCGGCACGUGUUCUUCGAUCUCACCCACAUGCGCCGCUGCUACGGGCCCCGCACCGUCAUCACUCUCGAUGAGCUGCUGGCAGAGAGAAGAGCAGCGAGGAAUGGCAAUGGCAGCAGUGGCAAUGGCAGCAGUGGCAAUGGCAGCAGCAACAACAACAGCAGCAGCAGCAGCACAGCAGCAGAUAUAAUAAUAACCCAGGUGGUGUGCCCAUUCACCAACUGUUACUUCCAACCAGGUUGGGGCCUCCCUACAGUCCUCCCCACACUCGGAGGCGUCUCAUACGAGGCUUUAACUUUCACGGAUGCCAACCUGCCUCCGGAUCACUCUAUCAACAUCACAGAUAUCAAGAGAAUCGGGGAUUUGAUCUUCCCGUCGGCUGAUGUGUUUGUAAUGGGGGAUUUGGGAGCUUCGCUGUUUGAUGAAACUUUUCACAGGCAGAUUGACGUGCCGUUUUUUCGGCGCCCGGGCUGCCCGAAUAAACUGGCGAUUCAGCCCCACCCGGCGAUCUUCGAAGCUGCAAGUCGGUUUGUAACGGAUGUGCUUGUAAAGGGGAUGAAUGGCAGUGCAGCAGAGAGCAGCAGGGAAGGGGAGGAGCAGGGCAACAACACAGCAGCUGAGGACACGCUACCAUCAGCCAUUGCUGCUGCCAGUGGGGGUACCACCACUACUAGUACCAGCGGUAGCAGUGGUAAGAAUGCCGGUCAGCUUCGCUACAUGGCGAUUCACUGGCGGCGAAAGGACCUGGUUACCAGCUUUCAGGACUCAGGCUCUCAUCUCACAAUCAACCGCACUGCCAGAUGCAUUGCCGACCGCAUGGCAAAAUCCGGCAAUCUCAGCACCGUUUUCCUAGCCACUGACGCCGAACCUGCUGAGGUGGCGGAAUUGACCGGAGCGGUUUUGUCCCACCGCCCGGACCUGCGGCUGAUGCAGCUUCCGCCGAACCUGGACGCGCAGGCUUGGGCGCAGGUGCUGCUGCCGCACCGGUUUGAGCAUCCGGGGGUGGUGCGGGUGACGUUAGACAAGGCAGUGUGUACUCUCGCAGACGUGUUUCUUGGGACGGCAGCUUCGUCGUUCACGGAGGACAUUCAGCGAAUCCGGACGGGGUUGAGAGUGGCGCAUUGUGAAGACCAGAUGUUGUGCGAAGACGAGCUAUACGGAUCAUCGCGGCCUGUUAGCAUCUGCGUGGUGGGGGGGUGUGGGACAGAUGCGGAGGAGGGAAGCCUCAGGGUUGGUGAUGUUGGGUACAGGUACCCCAUGGUGCCCAUCCCACACGUUGAUUGGGAUGCGUGUUGCACGGAUACAACAGCGUACGAGUUGCUUACCUGUGGUGGAAAAGGGGAAGAUGGGAUGGGGGGAGCGAUGGGCAGGGAGGAGGAGCACAUAGCCAAGGUGGGUGGGAGGUGUGUGCUUCACUGCCUGUGUGUGUGGCUCAUGCUGCUGGCCGGCUUUCUCCUUGCGCUGCUACCUCCCUGCGCUGCUACCUCCCUGCCAUAG